AUGACCAGAAAACCUGCUUUCUGGUCUCGCAUCACGGAGUGGUUCAACAACAGUCGACAGUUAGCUGCGUUUCCAGAUAGGUCGGUAAGCCAUUGCAAGCAACGGUGGGGGCGUAUCAACGACCAGACAUGUAAAUUUGUUGGCUGCUAUGAAGCCGCCUUGAAAGAACAAAGCAGUGGGAUGAACGACAAUGACUUGAUGAAGACUGCUCACCAAAUCUUCCUUAACGAUCACGGCUUCAAGUAUGGGCUGGAGCAUGCGUGGCGGGAACUCAGGCACGACCAGAAGUGGUCUUCAUUCUCAGCGGUGAAAGAGUCUGAGAUCAAAAAACGUAAGAAGGGUGAUGACUGCUCACAAGCUUCUGCAACAUCGCAACAUCAGAGUUAUGGAGAAGACUCUUCCGUUGUUCGUCCACCGGGUGUGAAGGCUGCGAAGAAUGCGAAGGGUAAAAGGAGUGCAGCAGAUAAAGAUGAUGGCAACGAGGUGACCGAGGUGGUCACCAUGUGGGAAAUAAAACAACAUGACUUAGCUAUGAAAGAUAAGCUAUCUAAGCGGAAAUUGCUAGAUAUGGUUUGUAACUCGGAUUACUAA